UCCCGGAAAGCAAGACCGCGUGUACGAGUGUGUUUGCGGCCUUGCCUUCGCGAAAUCUCCUUAAAAAAGACUCUCCACCAACCAAGCGUGAACGAUAUCGUGCGCAGUUCGGUUUCUAGAAUUUCGAAAUCGUGUCGGUAUCAGCUUUUGCGCCAAAGUGCAUCCUUGGUGUGUGGCACGAUUUUCAACCAACCGGCGGUCAGCGGCCUCCUCGUGCCCGCGUGCUCCCGCCAAGGAAGGAGACGACCGCACGUGCGAAAGCGAGAAGAUAGACCUUUGUUUACAAACUCGCGGUCGAAUAUAGCCGUAUCGCUCGGAUUUUACUGCGCUCUCGCUCAGCAUCCGCUAGCUUCCGGGGGACCAACAUGAAGUACAUCCUAGUGACGGGUGGUGUGAUCAGCGGUGUGGGGAAGGGCGUGAUUGCGAGCUCCUUCGGGACGCUGCUUAGUGCGUGCGGCAUACCGAUAACGUGUAUCAAGAUCGAUCCUUAUAUCAACAUCGACGCGGGAACGUUUUCGCCCUUCGAACACGGCGAGGUGUACGUACUUGACGAUGGCGGUGAAGUGGAUCUGGAUCUGGGCAACUACGAGCGCUUCCUGGAUGUAGUGCUGCACCGGCACAACAACAUAACCACCGGCAAGGUGUAUAAGAAUGUAAUCGACGGCGAGCGGGAAGGCAAAUAUCUCGGCAAAACGGUCCAAGUGGUGCCCCACAUAACCGACGAAAUACAGGAGUGGGUCGAAAGGGUGGCAAAGACCCCAGUCAAGGAUAAUGUGGAACCGAAGGUGUGCAUCAUCGAGCUAGGUGGAACGAUCGGUGAUAUAGAGGGAAUGCCGUUCGUGGAAGCAUUCCGACAAUUUCAAUUUCGAGUGAAGAAGGAAAACUUUUGUGUGGCGCACGUCUCCUUGGUGCCUUCGCCACGGGCCACUGGGGAACCCAAGACGAAGCCAACACAAGCAAGCGUCCGAGAGUUGCGAGGGCUCGGCCUUAGUCCCGAUUUAAUCGUGUGUCGCUCGGAGAACCCGAUCGGUGAUGAGGUAAAGGAGAAGAUCAGCAACUUUUGUCACGUGGCGCCGGAACAGGUGAUCACCAUACCCGAUCUGUCAUCGAUCUACCACGUGCCGCUGAUGAUGGAGCAAGCAGGUGUCGUCGAUAUUGUAAACGAGCGGUUACAGCUUAAUCUGACCGUUCCGAGGCCACCCGGUUUCAUGCAAUCAUGGCGUGAUCUGGCCGAGCGGGUAGAGAACGUUUACAAGAAGGUCAACAUUGCGCUGGUCGGCAAGUACACGCGACUGGAAGAUGCGUAUGCUUCCGUAUCGAAGGCGCUAAUGCAUGCAUCCAUCGCCGUUGGCUACAAGCUGGAGCUUAAAUUCAUCGAAGCGUGUAAUCUGGAACGGGAUGUGAAACGGCAAAAUCCACAUUUGUACUACGAUGCUUGGCACACGCUCACCAACAGUCACGGUAUCAUCGUACCGGGUGGUUUCGGUACACGUGGUGUGGAAGGGAAGAUGCGGGCUUGCCAAUGGAGCCGUGAAAACAAGAAGCCUAUGCUGGGCAUUUGCCUCGGGCUGCAGGUAGCUGUGAUUGAGUUUGCACGAAACGUUCUCAAGCUAGAGGAUGCCGCUUCUACUGAGGUUGACGAGGAAACGCCUCAUCCCUUGGUGAUUGAUAUGCCAGAGCAUAACCCUGGCUCGUAUGGCGCCACGAUGCGUCUCGGUAAACGGACUACCAUCUUCAAAGGAGACAGCAAAAUCCGCAAGCUAUACAACGGUGUAGACCACAUCGAGGAGCGGCAUCGCCACCGGUACGAGGUAAAUCCGGAAUACGUUGCAGAGCUCGAAAAACACGGGAUGCGGUUCGUUGGGCACGACAAGGACAAACAACGAAUGGAAAUUGUCGAGCUCGACAACCAUCCGUACUAUGUAGCCACACAGUUCCACCCGGAAUAUCUAUCCCGACCUCUUAAGCCGGCUCCCGCAUUUCUUGGACUUAUUCUCGCUGCUGUUGGCAAAUUAGAUAGCUAUCUAACGACCGGGCAGUUGAGAAGGCAGCAAUUGAAUAAUCAAAAUCACCAGCUGCUUACGUGUGAAAGUUCUAGCGAUGAUGAUCUGCAACAUCAGCGUCGGACACGACCACUCAAUGGAAGUCCGGAAAAGAGCAAAAAAGGCGCAUCGCCAACGAAACAGAAUGGGGUGACUACGCCGACGACGGUGACGGAAACAAUCACGAAUGGCAAACCAUCGUAGAGACAGCAUAUUCUGGUGGUCUGGCAUAACAACGAUUUCCAAUAUUUUCAUCUACAGUCCCAGUGCAAGGAGCUACGCUUCUUCUGAUUUGUGUGGCUAAAUUUUCACUUAAAGUGGCAAUAGAAUUGUUAGGAUAGAAGGCAAAUGUUGCAGAUUACAAUUGAAUCAAGAAUACAAGUAAGAAAGUGAAAAGUAUUUGGUGUUAAGAACAAAAUAUAAUAAAUCUUGGAAUGCUUUGUGGUGAAGAAAUGUGUAGUGUAAACCGUUAUGAUAUAUUUUUAUGUGGCAAAAGUAAAACCUUAUGCAACGCUGCGGUUAACGUUAGAAAUUGAAAUCAAAUGGUAAAGCCAUGUUUUAAGUAAGACAGUUGCUGAUAUUAGGUCGAGCUAUCAGAAUACUUACUUGCUUUAAGACAUUACUUUAAAUUAGUUUUGCCAGUAAAAGGGCGAAAAAAAUAUAAUUAAAGAAUUUGAAUCGUAUCUAAACGAAUGUGUUAAAACAAACUUGUAUAAUCCCACGUAAGCAA